AGAGUACCCCGGACGGGAUGGGUGUACAGGAAUGUGGCGAAGCCAGAGAGCGUAUCCGAUCACAUGUACAGGAUGGCGAUGAUGGCUUUGGUGACCGAAGACAAAAGCCUUGACAGGGACAGAUGCAUACGAUUAGCUUUGGUUCAUGAUAUGGCUGAAUGCAUUGUUGGAGAUAUUGCUCCUGCAGAUAAUAUCUCAAAAGAGGAAAAGCACAGGAGAGAAGAG